ACUCAACCCCUCUUAUUCUAUUUUAGUUUACCUGACAAGAACAGAGUCCCUGACUACAGCUCGCGUGCUAAUCACGUGAACGAGAAGACCGCUACGCAAAUGAGAAACCCUAAUUUUCCCUCGAUUACUUGAGCCCGACGGGUUCAGAGCAGUGCGCGCUGCCUGGCGGCGAUGAUAGCGGCGAUUCGGACGUCGCCAAGCCCUUUGAUCUGUAGGGAAUCUCUUGGUGGACUUGUCUAAUGUUCUGCUUGCUGCGCCGAUUUAACGAAGCCCUCGCUGCUGCUUGCGUUAGAUCUAUUUGCCGCCGAUUUGAAUCCUGCUUUGAGGAAGUAGGAAUUUUGCGACUGCAGCAUGCUUAAAGCUGUCUUUGAAUUUAGAGGAUUUUACAAGUGGAUCGAUUAGGCCUAUGCAGUGCAAGAACCAGAGAAUUUCUUCUAUCAGGCUUCGGUGGGUCUCAGCCUUGUUCAGGGUGGUCAUCACUUGUGCUGCUUUCAUUUGCAGAGGAUGACAGGUCUGCAGACUUAAUGGCAUCCAAUUGCAUAUCGAGAAGAUAUUUCAGCUUUCCUGUCACCUGUGGGUUUUUGGUAUGACGGCCAUGCAUGCUAAGCACUGACAACUGGGUGCAGCAACCUUCUCAUUUCUCUCCAUCAACAGGAUGCAGUGUUCUUCUAUCUCAACCGAGAGGGGAAGGAGUGGGUGCCUGAACUUGAAGACAACCAAACCCUUGGUGGCAGGCCUACUGUAAUAUCAAUUCUUAUCACUUGUUUAUGGAAUUACCAAAAGGAAGAGGGCAGCACAUGAUGGCAAUGCAGCAAGGAAGCAUCUGCGUGUAACUAUUGUCUCUAGUUCCACAAAAUAGCUGUAUAUUUGGAUGUGCCUUGACAACCAUCAUUUCUUGUGACAUUCUUCUGCUAGUUGAGUUAAACAAAGAUGUCUCCUAGCUAUCAGUUGCCAGCCUCACCACAAUCGUUCUUUGGAGCCACCCAUCAACUUGAACCUGAAGAAUAACUCGGCCAUUAUCGCAGAUAUGAUCCGGUAUGUGUGAGGACCUGGUUGGAAGACACUUGGCCUUUCUUCCUUCGGCCAUGCUUUUCUCCGACCAGAUGAGCUUCAUGGUUAUGAUGAUGAAGACUGUACCGGAAUCGAGUAGCCAUCGACUUUGGAGGAACGAACAAGUUUAGCCUCUAGGCAAGGAAGGUCAGGUCUGUAAUCAUAGCUGCAACUGAGCCAGCAUUGGGUGUGAAACACCGUGACAGGAAACCAUAGAGAAGCCUAUGGUCGGUCAUACAGUGUUGAGACCUGUGAACCAUGGAGAAGCUCGUCAGCAUCUUUUUCAUGUACCUUGAUCUCAUUUACGUGUGGCUUUGAAGCAUAAAGAAAUCAUCAUGAGAUUGACGCAUCUGAGGCAUGCCAAGAAGCUUAAGAUUCAAGAUCAUGUUCUGCGAUCGCUAUCAGCCCUACUUUUUCGUCUCGAGACUGGUGCUUGAUUCCAUCUAAUUUGUUUGUUGAUCACAGCAGCAAACAAAGGAGCACAGCUAGAGAGAGAGAGAGGACUUCGCCCACCUUGCCCUGUUGGCUUUUCCUGGGUGGAGAGUUGUCCCUUAGCCAAUUGCUGCCAAAAAGAAAGUCCCAGCGCUGUUGGCCCAUUUCGUUUGCAGACACAAACAUCAAAUCGGCUGCGGUAAUAUUAGCAGAAAGGUGCCAACAGACCUGUUGGUCACAUCACGCCAAGAUCGAGCAACCGAUCUCGAUUGAUGGCCUAUGUGCUGAAUGUUUGUGCUGGUUCUAACCUGUAACUCCAUGUUGCUAUCCGAAACAAUCAAUCGAAAAAACAAGCAGCAUCACUGUCACAAUUCUGCCCUCAAAUCAACUUCUUCGAUCUGAUGGAAUUCGGAUUACAUUGAUCUAUAAAUCUUUUACACCUUCAUUCAAUCUAGUCAUUAGAAAAAUAAUUAUUAUUAUUGCAGGAGACAUAUUUCAACUGCAAACACACACACCGAAUGCUGCGGACACCCAUGCAGACAACCUCUCUUCAUCCCUUCCACGAGGAACGAAGAAGAACAGAGGCUGUCCUCCGUAUGUAUAUAAGGUCCCCGCGCUCAUCCUCCACCACCUCUGACCUCUGAGAGUAAACCAGCGUUACAUUUCUUCUUUUCUUUGUCUCCUCCUCCUCGAAUCUUGUCUCUCUUCUUCCAUAGUUUUCUCUUCGAGUAUUAUGACCACCUCACCAUGCCCUUUUGAGUUCAGUCCCCGCUCUCCGAUAUCUUCUUGGUGCCAUGGCUUCUUCCACCGCUUCUUCUCAGCCGCAUGGGACCCAGAACGAGGAUGUCCACGCCGCCAUUGCCAAGGCCGUGGAGCUGAGGUCUCUGCACGCGGCGCUGCUGCAAAGGAGCAACCUUGGCAGCCCCGCCGUCCUCGGCCCCCACGUCGGUGCUUCCCCUUCUCUCUUGCGGCGUUCUAAUCCGCUCUCCACGGCCGAAGACUACCCCGUCUUCGCACCUAGUUACGAAGAAGAGCCAUUACGAGCUUAUCACAGUAUCCAUCCAGAAAACCGAAGCUUAUCAGGAACCUGGAGAGCCAUGAAGCCAGCAGAAGGCAAGCAAGAUGAAUCAGUAAACAUAGUUAGAAAUGAACAUUCUUCCCCUUACAGCGAGCGGAACAUUUGCUUUACAACUGAACAUUUCUCCAAGAGAAGCUCAUGCGUAAAUCACAAUCUGCAAGCUUCUCUUGUGGCUGAUGCCCUCAAUUCUUCUAGUAGUAGAACCAGUCCAGGAUACGAAACCAUCGCUACAUGCAACGCAUGCAAGCCUCCAACCAUCAAUCGGGAAUACGAAAUCGAGCAUAAGAACUUGAAGGCAGUCACGAGCAUAGUAGGAUCAUUGCAUGACUCAGAGCCACCAACACAUGCGCACACCAAGCACAGAGGGCCUAUCCUGUCAUGGUUAUUCCCCAGAUUGAAGAAGAAACCCAAGCCAGAGAUGUCGCCAAACCCUGUAGAAUCCGAAGACAUGGCUCAGCUUUUGAAGGACUGGGGAUUGCUUUCACUUGAAUCGGUGAAGAAGGAAGUGUUUAAAGCCAACAAGAACAGGGACGCAGCACUGGCAGAAGUCUCAGAAAUGAGGUCUUCGCUGGGAGAGCUGCAACAAAAGCUAGUCAAUUUAGAAACAUACUGUGAAGAGUUGAAGAAGGCCUUAAAGCAGGCAAAGCAUGCGAAGAAUACCCUGGUUUUGGACCGGCCUAGUUUGCCGAUGAGAACAAAAUUCAAUGGCAGCAUAAAAGACAACACGAUGACCGUCAGCCACGAGGUAAUGGCGGAAGGUUUUCUGCAGAUGGUAUCAGAAGCCAGGCUAUCCGUCAAACAGUUCUGCGAGAUGCUGAUCCAUCAAAUCGAAGAGACUGAUUGUGAACUGAUGGAGAAGCUGAAAUCGCUUCUCCAGCCUCACCAGAUGGCACCACCCAGUAAUAAACACUCGAAAGCAUUGUUACACCAUGUGGAAGCUCUGAUAAACCAAUCUUUGUAUCAGGAUUUCGAGAACUGUGUGUUCCAGAAGAAUGGCUCACCAAAAUUUCUAGAUCCGCAGCAAGAUCGCCAGGAGAACUUCUCAUCAUUCAUUUCACUACGGAACUUGAGUUGGAAUGAGGUACUGCGCAAGGGGACCAAGUACUACAGUGAAGAUUUCAGCAGGUUCUGUGAUCAAAAAAUGAGCUGCAUCGUUUCCUUGCUAAAUUCUUCAAGAGCAUGGCCCGAACAGCUCCUCCACUGCUUCUUUGUGGCUGCCAAAUGCAUAUGGUUGCUUCACCUGCUCGCUUUCUCGUUCGGCCCACCAUUGAUGAUCCUGCGAGUUGAGGAGAAUCAGAACUUCGAUCCUCUUUACAUGGAAGACAUUCCUGUAGACAGAAAGACAGCACAAAUCCCGGGCCUAGUUAAGAUCAUGGUCAUGCCAGGAUUCUACAUUCAAGAUAGUGUUCUCAAGUGCCGGGUUCUUUGCAGAUAUCAGUGACUCAAUUCUCUUUGACCUUUGCUCUCCUCAUGGAUUUGGUGCUUGCAGGAGCUGUCGAAAUCGAUUCUCCAUCCUGAAACUGUAUUGUUCUA